AUGCAAGGUGUAGAAACCCCCGCAGGUAGGCUGUGUUUUGCUCAUGUAAUUGCCUGUUUGAUUCACUCCCUUCCUUCUGCCUUCUCUGUGUUUCUCUCUCCACAUAGGUGUUUACAUUUUCUGGUACUCUAUUUCCAGCUACAGGAAUCCCAGCAGACCACUGCUGAUUUCAGGUUUUACAUCGAGAACCACACGAGGAACCCGGACGACCUGAGCCGCAAGCAGGUCCGGAUCUACCAGCUCUACAGCAGGACCACGGGAAAACACGUCCAGAUCUUGGGGAAGAAAGUCAACGCCAACGGAGAUGAUGGGGGCAAGUAUGCUCUUCUCGUUGUCGAGACGGAAACCUUCGGGAGCCACAUUCGAAUAAAAGGAAAAGAGAGCGACCAUUACAUUUGCAUGAACGAUAAGGGCAAAAUAGUCGGAAGGCCCGAUGGAAGGAAGCAGGAGUGCGUCUUCGUCGAGGAAUUCCUGGAGAACAACUACACGGCUCUGGUGUCGGCCAAGUACAAAGGAUGGUACCUCGGCUUCAACAGGAAGGGGCGGCCCAAGAAAGGCUCGCGGACCACGCAGAGGCAACAGGAAGUCCACUUCAUGAAGCGCCCGCCGAAGGGCAGGCUGGACCCGCUGGAGGAAUUCCGGUUCACCCCAGUGACUAAGCGGACACGAAGGGCUCGGCGGUUAAAACUCAACCCCCAGAGGAACUGA